AUGCUCGCAUCCGCGGAAUCUGCUUACGAAUCAUCUGACGCGUUCGCUUCUGGCGUAGAUUCGACAUUGGAAAGGGAGCUCUCGUCGGCGGGACUUACGGGAUUCGUGAGCCUGCUCAAGCACGCCGGGCUCAUUCCAGAGCUCGAACUCCGCGUGCGAUUCGGAUCCGCCCUGACCGUGUUUGCGCCGACCAACGUCGCGCUCUUGCGCGCGGACCCCGCGCUCCUCGCGUUUCUGAAGCUUCCGCGCAACGCGGAGCUUCUCCGCGACGUGCUCCUGUACCACGUGGUCGCGCGGCCCGUGUCCGCGUUCGCGUGGGAAGGCUCGUACGAGACGCUGCAGGGCGCGCCGAUCGCGCUCCACGUGGACGCGCUGGCGUUCCAGGUCGGCGGAACCAGCGUGAAGCAAUACCGCGCGGUCACGCUGUCCUUGAAUCCCCUCUCCCCCGACGAGCGCCUUUCCGGUAAAGCCGCGGAUUCCGCCGCCGCGUCCGCGCAACUAAGCGCCGGGGACGCGGGGAGCAGCACGGUCGUGGUUCACACCGUCAACGCGCUCCUCCUGCCUCCCUCCGUCGACGAUCUACUCUCGAUGACCGCCGGUGAUCUCUCUAUCGUUGGCGGGAUGGACGAAGGCGGAAGGCAACUCGGCGAAUUCAUGGUGUGCGAUAAAUGCCAGAAGAAGCUGUCAAAGGUGAUUGUGCCGGACAAGUGGAAGGAGGGGGCGUCUAACACCACAGAGAGCGGCGGCAGAAAGAUUAAUGAGAACAAGCUGCUGUCCAAGAAGAAAAGGUACACUCCGUAUGCAUCAUCUGCAUCCUUCAAGUGCAUCAUAUGCAAGCAACAGCUGCACCAGGAGGGGAAGUACUGCCACCUAUGCUCGUAUAAAAAAGGCGUGUGUGCCAUGUGCGGCAAGCAGGUGCUCGAUACCUCCAUGUAUAAACAAUCAGCAGUUUAA